CGCCGAAUCCUCCUCGAACAACGCUCUGGUCUACCGAAGCCUGCUAUUUAAUUACAACCGCAUACUACUUCUUCCGAACACGCCGAAUCUUCUUAUUAUUAAGACACUCGGAAUACUUACUGUUUACACAAUGUCAGAUCAGUUAAGUAACUCCUCCGAUAGCUGGCCCGAUUUUCACCCAUUAUUUGAGGACAUCCCUAUGAUAAACCGAGUCUGGGCUCGUACUGCUCGUUGUUGCAUUUCCUUCUUCGCUAAACAUAAAACUCUCGGCUGGAUCAUAUGCGAAGAAUGUGCUAAGGGCCUCGACCCCUUGCAGCGAAAACGAUAUAUCGAUGUUGGAACCCACUACUUAGCUGUUGGUGCAAACCAGGAACACGAACGCUGCGUGGACUGCGACCGAUUGAUCCCGGAGAUCCGCCUGGCUACCAAAUGUCACGAUUGCCCGCAGAUCUUCCAUGACCGGGUCUCUAACGACCGAUGCGGGAUCGGAAAGGGCCCCCAUUCAAGCCGCGACAUUUAUUAUACUCAUAUCAAAGAAAUGCAUUUUGAACGAGCAGCAAAUGGAGAUAUAAUCAGAUGCAUAACUAUAAACGAAUAAAUUGACAAACUGCUUUAAACUAUUUCUACUAUCAUCUUUUCCUUCAGACAAUAGCAUGUUCCUCAGAAUAAACACUCGAACCUCUUACCUCUCUCUCCAGCAUGGACCCCCACAGCGUCCCUCCUCCGGUUGAGCCUUCAGAAGACGACCCCGUUCACCAACCUCCGCCGAUGCCCCUUGAUCUUUGGCUCCGCACCGCAAUAUGUUGCAAAGCGCUUUUCUACCGAUAUAAAUCUGGCACUGGCGAACUUUUCUGUACGGGUUGUGUUUCUAUACAGCAUCAAGUAGAAGAGACAUUCGAAUUAGUAAAUCGCCAUUAUUUACGAUUCGGUUAUUUAGAAGCCGAAGGAUUUGAACAUUGUUGCUCUUGCCGACAAAUGAUUACGAAACUGCGCACGGUGCGCCACUGCUCUAUUUGCAAACUUUUCC